GCAUUCAUCAGGCUAAUGAACCUCUUUUCUCGUUUUGUGCUUGGUUCUUCCAGGCCUGCAUGGGACAGACAAACAAGCCCUACGGCGCUGAACCAGGCUGAAAGAGACAGCUUCCUGAGGUGGAGGAGGCAGCUUGCUUGGCUAGAGGAAGAGGAGAAACUCCUGUUGACCCCAUUUGAACGAAAUUUGGAUUUCUGGCGUCAGCUCUGGAGAGUCCUUGAGAGAAGUGACGUUGUGGUUCAGAUCGUGGAUGCCAGGAACCCCCUCCUGUUCAGGUGCCAUGAUCUGGAGUGCUAUGCUAAAGAAAUCAGUCCUGAGAAGGAGAACCUCAUCCUGCUCAACAAGGCUGACCUGCUGGGUGAGCAGCAGCGCUCUGCCUGGGCGCAAUUCUUCGAGAAAGAAGGUGUCCGAGUGGUCUUCUGGUCGGCCUUGGCAGAGGGAAAGCGGCUGGCGGCCAACGCUCAGGAAGUGGAAACAGUAGAAGUACUGGACCCAGUUGACAAGGGUGCCAGCCAAAGGGAGGAGCAGACAACCAGCAGAGAGACAGAAAGCCCCCUCGACUCUCAGCAGGAGUCUCCUGGGGGCAAAGAGCGAGAUAGUGACACAGAGGAAGACUGUGAUGUGUAUGAGGACUGUGAAGAGGAGGAGGAGGAAGAGGAAGCCUGGCUGACCUGCUCUGAAGAUGGGGACAGCAGGACCGCCAUUGUGCCUUUGGGGAGAAGCAGGCUUGAGGUCCCACAGCCAGGACCAUCUCAGGAUCACCCUGUCAGAAACAGCAGCUGCUUAGUACAAAGAGAUGAACUCCUGGAGAUAUUUAAAACAGUUCAUGCUGGGAAGAAGAAGGUCAAAGAGGGGGAGCUCACUGUUGGCUUGGUGAGUUACACCAACAUUGGGAAAGGCUCCUUGAGGGUGGGGUGGGGGAGACGGAGUAUUUCUGUAUCUGCCACUCCAGGACGCACCAAGCACUUCCAGACGCUCUACGUGGAGCCUUCUCUUUGCCUUUGUGACUGUCCUGGCCUGGUGAUGCCCUCCUUUGUCUCCACCAAGGCCGAAAUGAUUUGCAGCGGCAUCCUGCCCAUCGAUCAGAUGCGGGACCACAUCCCCCCUGUCACUCUCGUCUGCCAACGGAUCUCUCGGCCCAUCUUGGAGGGGACCUAUGGAAUCAGCAUCAUCCGGCCGUGCGAGGAUGAGGACCUUGACCAGAUGCCAACAUCAGAGGAGCUUCUCUCGGCCCUCGGCCGCAUGAGGGGUUUCAUGACAGAUCACGGGCAGCCAGACCAGCCGCGCUCAGCCCGUCAUGUGCUGAAGGACUAUGUCACGGGCAAGUUGCUGUACUGCCACCCGCCUCCAGGCAUGGAUCCCCGGACCUUCCAGCUCGGGCUUGAGAGGCUUCGCCCAGGUAAGGCGGCAGCGGCAGCAGCAGCACAGCGCAAUGAGGAACAGCAGUCUGGCCGGGGUCCCAAGGCGAAGCAGAUCGACAAUGCGGUGGACUUGGCCUUUUUCCACCAGGAAAACAUCCGGGCCCUGACCAGAGGCAGCCAGGCUGGAGUGGCCUACAGGUCAGGGACGGCCGCCCACGACCCUUCUGGACCUGACUUGGCCGACGGAGCAGGGAAGCCUUGGAAGAGGCACAGGAACAGGAACAAGAAGCAGAAGCUGCGCCGUCUCACCAGGCAUCUGGAGGCGUAACGGCAAGGAGGCUGGAGGGGGAGUAAGGGCAGUACCCUCUGGGGGAAGGAGCAGCCUUUGUGCCCAGGGGCUCAGCCAGGGUGAAGUGCCAGCUGAGGCUCUUGGCAAUAAAAACCUUUUUCAAUGC